CGGGCGCGGAGGCGCCGGGAAGGGCCGGGGAGAGCCCCUGUGAGGAACCGGCUGUGAAGCAUGUUAUAGAACCAUAGAAGCGGAUGAAGGGGAAAGGAAGAAGUGCCAUUGAUAGCUAGGAUAGCAACAUGGGAAAUACAACCACCAAGUUCCGCAAAGCUCUUAUAAAUGGAGAUGAAAACUUGGCCUGCCAAAUCUAUGAGAGCAACCCUCAACUAAAAGAAACUCUUGACCCAAAUACUUCUUAUGGAGAAACGUACCAGCACAAUACUCCACUCCAUUAUGCUGCUAGGCAUGGAAUGAAUCGUAUCCUGGGAACUUUCCUUUUUGUUCGAGAUGGUAACCCAAAUAAAAGGAAUGUGCACAAUGAGACAUCUAUGCACUUACUGUGUAUGGGACCUCAGAUCAUGAUCUCAGAGGGAGCUCUUCAUCCUCGCCUGACACGACCCUCGGAAGAUGACUGCAGGAGAGCUGAUUGUCUGCAAAUGAUCCUGAAGUGGAAGGGAGCAAAGCUGGAUGAAGGGCAAUAUGAACGAGCAGCCAUUGAUGCUGUUGAUAACAAAAAAAAUACACCUUUGCACUAUGCUGCUGCCUCAGGGAUGAAAACCUGUGUUGAGCUUCUAGUAAAACAUGGUGGAGAUUUGUUUGCAGAAAAUGAAAAUAAAGAUACCCCAUGUGACUGUGCAGAGAAACAGCACCACAAAGAGCUGGCUCUUAACCUGGAAUCUCGAAUGGUAUUUUCACGUGAUCCUGAAGCUGAAAGCAUUGAAGCUGAGUAUGCUGCUUUAGACAAAAAAGAGCCAUAUGAGGGGCUAAGACUUCAAGACCUGCGAAGGCUUAAGGAUAUGCUGAUUGUGGAAUCUGCUGACAUGCUUCAAGCCCCACUCUUCACUGCAGAAGCUCUACUUCGGGCACAUGACUGGGACAGGGAGAAGUUACUUGAAGCCUGGAUGUGUAACCCAGAGAGCUGCUGCCAGCGUUCAGGGGUUCAGAUGCCAACUCCUCCUCCGAGCGGAUACAACGCGUGGGACACGCUCCCUUCUCCACGAACUCCACGCACCACUCGCUCUUCUGUCACCUCCCCUGAUGAAAUCAGCCCCUCACCAGGAGACAUGGAGACAGCUGUGUGUGACAUUUGCAUGUGUAAUAUUUCUGUGUUUGAAGACCCAGUGGAUAUGCCUUGUGGACAUGACUUCUGCAGAGCUUGCUGGGAGGCAUUUUUGAAUCUGAAAAUUCAGGAGGGUGAAGCUCACAACAUUUUUUGCCCAGCAUAUGAUUGUUUCCAGCUUGUGCCUGUAGACAUCAUAGAAAGUGUGGUUUCCAAGGAGAUGGACAAGAGAUACCUUCAGUUUGACAUUAAGGCCUUUGUUGAAAAUAAUCCUGCUAUUAAAUGGUGUCCUAUACCUGGCUGUGAAAGAGCAGUAAGGCUGACAAGACAAGGGUCAAAUUCAACAGGAUCAGAUACACUUAGCUUCCCUAUGCUAAAAGCCCCUGCAGUAGAUUGUGGAAAAGGACAUCUUUUCUGCUGGGAAUGUCUUGGUGAAGCACACGAACCUUGUGACUGCCAGACCUGGAAGGACUGGCUACAGAAAAUAUCUGAAAUGAAACCAGAAGAACUUGUGGGAGUGAGUGAGGCCUAUGAGGAUGCUGCCAACUGCCUGUGGUUAUUGACCAACUCCAAACCUUGCGCCAACUGCAAGUCUCCAAUCCAGAAGAAUGAGGGCUGCAACCACAUGCAGUGUGCAAAGUGCAAAUAUGACUUUUGCUGGAUAUGCUUAGAAGAAUGGAAGAAGCACAGCUCUUCCACCGGAGGCUACUACAGAUGCACUCGCUAUGAAGUCAUUCAGCAUGUAGAGGAGCAGUCCAAGGAGAUGACAGUAGAGGCUGAAAAGAAGCAUAGAAGAUUUCAAGAGCUUGAUAGGUUUAUGCACUAUUAUACAAGAUUUAAGAACCAUGAACUCAGCUACCAGUUAGAGCAGCGCCUUCUAAAAACAGCCAAAGAAAAGAUGGAGCAGUUGAGUAGAGCUCUAAGUGGAACUGAGGGAGGCUGUCCUGAUACCACAUUCAUUGAAGAUGCAGUGCAAGAACUUCUAAAAACUCGCCGCAUUCUUAAGUGUUCUUAUCCAUAUGGAUUCUUUUUGGAGCCUAAAAGCACAAAGAAAGAAAUAUUUGAACUUAUGCAGACAGACCUUGAAAUGGUCACUGAAGACCUUGCACAGAAAGUGAACAGGCCUUACCUUCGGACACCUCGCCAUAAAAUCAUCCGAGCAGCGUGUCUGGUGCAGCAGAAGCGACAGGAGUUCCUGGCCUCUGUGGCCCGUGGGGUUGCUCCUGCAGACUCUCCAGAAGCACCCAGGCGCAGCUUUGCUGGUGGAACAUGGGAUUGGGAGUAUUUAGGAUUUGCAUCCCCUGAGGAAUAUGCUGAAUUUCAGUAUCGGAGGAGGCACAGACAGCGUCGACGUGGAGACAUGCACAGUCUGCUGAGUAACACUCCAGACCCUGAUGACCCCAGUGAGAGUACAUUAGACACUCAGGAAGGUGGCAGCAGUAGAAGACAUGGCACCUCCAUGGUGAGUUCAGCUUCUAUGGGCAUUCUGCACAGCUCUUCGCUUCAUGACUAUACCCCUGUCAGUCGCUCUGAAAACCAGGAUUCUCUUCAGGCUCUGAGUUCACUGGAUGAAGAUGACCCAAACAUCCUGCUAGCUAUUCAGCUGUCAUUACAAGAAUCUGGCUUGGCCAUAGAUGAAGAAACUAGAGACUUUCUAAAUAACGAGGCAUCUUUAGGAGCAAUAGGUACCUCUUUGCCUACAAGACUGGACUCUGCUCCCAUAAGUAUAGACAACCCAAGGGGUGCUUUGAGCAGCUCUGAGCUGCUAGAACUUGGUGACAGUCUGAUGAGACUGGGUGGAGGCAAUGAUCCCUUCUCAGCUGAUCGUCUUCAUUCCCACCCCUGCAGCGAGACAAGAAGUGGAUUAUACUCAACAUCAAGUGAUGCUGAUUCCAGCAGUCAAGAUCCCAAUACCAAUGAAAAUCUGCUUGGAAAUAUUAUGGCCUGGUUUCAUGACAUGAACCCCCAGAGUAUUGCUCUGAUCCCCUCAACAAGUACAGAAACAGAUGAGGAGUCACAGCAACCCAGUACUGAAGAUGGGUCAGCAGGGCAACCAAAUCUUACAGACACAGGGCUGGAGCCUCAGGAAGAGCAUGCACUGUUUGAGGAUGCACUCAAAAAUGAAGGCAGAGGAACCCAAACAGAGGAAAGCCCUUCUGAAGAAAACAUUAUUCCAAGUGAAACAGUAUCACAAAUUGGUGAUACUAACAGGGAGGUAACAAGCACCCUAGAUGCUCCAGGAGAUAGUUCAAGUCAGACUCCUCUAACCUCAAGUGAAUGGACUGAACACGUGCAUCUGGUAUGAAUAAAAAACUAAAUCUGGAG